UCAACAACAGCAACAACAAUUCCACAAAAUAAUGAAAAAAGGCAGCUCAUCGCGAUUUUUGAACUUUUUUGGCACACUACGCAAACAAAAAAUUUAUUGCGCCAAAUGCGAUAAAAAAUGUUCGGGUGAGGUGUUACGUGUUGCCGAUAAGCAUUUCCACAAAGCUUGCUUUCAAUGCUGCCAAUGUAAAAAGUCACUAGCCUCCGGUGGUUUCUUUACCAAAGAUGGUGCUUACUAUUGCAUACCCGACUAUCAGCGUCUGUAUGGAACAAAAUGUGCUGCAUGCUCGCAAUAUGUCGAGGGCGAAGUGGUCUCAACGAUGGGUAAAACCUAUCACCAAAAGUGUUUCACAUGCUCCAAAUGUAAACAGCCCUUCAAAUCGGGUAGUAAGGUAACUAAUACAGGAAAAGAGGUGCUUUGCGAAUCGUGUGUCACUGGAGGCACUGGUGCAGCUACAUCACCCACACGACAAGUUGGCGGCAAGGAUGGCACAACCUCUCCCACGCCUGUUGUCGAGUCUCCGACCAGGGCAACAGCCCAUCAACAAAUGAGCAGUGGCGUAGUAUCAGAUAAAGCGCAUUUAAAAGAGGAUUACGAUCCAAAUGACUGCGCCGGCUGUGGUGAAAUGCUAAAGGAGGGACAAGCUUUGGUAGCCUUGGAUCGUCAAUGGCAUGUCUGGUGUUUCCGUUGUAAAUCGUGUGAUGCAGUCCUGAAUGGCGAAUAUAUGGGCAAAGAUGGUGUACCCUAUUGUGAAAAGUGUUAUCAGAAGUCAUUCGGCGUUAAGUGUGCCUACUGUAAUCGUUUCAUUAGCGGCAAAGUGUUGCAGGCUGGCGAAAAUCACCAUUUCCAUCCGACAUGUGCCCGCUGUACCAAGUGUGGCGAUCCGUUCGGCGAUGGCGAAGAAAUGUAUUUGCAAGGCGGCGCCAUAUGGCAUCCACGUUGCGGUCCUGGACCAAACGAAUCGGGUUUGAUAUUGAAUGGCUGUGGAGGCGGUGUAUCAAAUGGCAAUUUCACUGAUACAGAAUGUGAUCGUAUGAGUUCGAGUGCUUUAAGUGAUAUGUACAUAAGAUCCCGAACGCCGAGUUUUAAUGGUUCCGUAUAUUCCUCUAGCCGCAAGCACUAUCGUACAGUUAGUCCUGGUCUGAUUUUGCGCGAAUACGGUCGCCAUGGUGGCGAGGACAUCUCUCGCAUUUACACAUACAGCUAUUUAACAGAUGCUCCCAAUUAUCUACGCAAGCCCAUAGAUCCCUAUGAUAAGACACCGUUGUCACCACACUUCCACAGACCAUCAUCAUAUGCUACCAGCACUGCCGGAUCUGUGGCGGGAAGUAGGCCACCAUCACGACCUGGCUCUCGUACCCGUAGUGCUAUGAAGGUAUUGGUAGAUGCCAUACGUUCAGAAACACCACGACCAAAGAGUCCUGCCAUGAACAAUGAGGAGCCGAUUGAAUUGUCACAUUACCCAGCAGCUAAGAAACCACCACCAGGUGAAAAACCCAAAAUCGAACGUGAUGAUUUCCCUGCACCACCAUAUCCCUACACAGAUCCGGAACGUAGGCGUCGUUAUAGCGAUUCCUACAAAGGUGUGCCCGUAUCUGAUGACGAAGAUGAUACCGAAAAUAAAAAUGGAGAACAAGAAGAAGAUCGUUUACAGCGCGAAGCUAAGGAAUUGGAAAAAUUAAAUUCUGGCAUUGGUGCAGCUAUUGCCAAAGAUUUAAAAGAGACGGCUAAAUAUCGUAAAUGGAAACAACAGAAUUUAGAUCCAAGAAAUGCAUCACGCACAGCAUCAGCAAACAAAGAACCUUUAAAUAAAUUAAGAUACGAAUCACCAAUUGGUGCAUCACCAUCACGUAAUUUGGAUCAUCAAAAACCCUUCUACGAUGAGGAUAUGUUCGACCGUUCAACGAGUUACCGAGGAUCACUGGGUAAAUCAUUGGGCAAUGCUCCCAGUUAUAACGUGGUAAGCUCUCUUCGUCAUGUCCCCAAACCUGGAUACGGCUUAGCUCCACGUUCCCACACUUUCAGUUCAACCACAUCGGCCGGCGCCAUGAUGCACGGCGUCACCGACUAUUCGUAUGGAGGAUUAGGUGAUAAAACGCACAGUACCGAUCUGAGUUGUGGGAAGUCCGAAGCCUCAGUCGACUCGAUAACGGAAGGUGAUAGACGCGCUUUGAUGGGCGGCGAUUUACCCGCCUCGAGUACAUAUUCGGGUGCUUUAUCUUACCAUUAUCCCCAAGCUGGUUUAAUACGCCGUAGUUUGCCAAAUAUGGCUCAUUCAAUGUUGGUUCACGAACCUGCAAAAAUUUAUCCUUAUCACUUGUUGGUCAUCACUAAUUAUCGUUUGCCUUCGGAUGUUGAUCGCUGCAAUUUGGAGCGACAUUUAUCGGAUGUUGAAUUCGAGCACAUUCUUCAAUGUACCAGAGCCGAUUUCUACAGAUUCCCACAGUGGCGAAGAAAUGAAAUGAAACGACGAGUAAAAUUAUUCUAAAUGGUCCAUUUGCUGCGAAAA